UGUGUAGAUGCGUGAUAUAAAUCUCUCUAUUUAAAAAAUUUAUAAAAUUAUAAAUCAUUGAACAAUAAGCAGUCAGUUUGCAAUUUUAUUAUUUUUUAAGCUCAUUUUAUAAAGUAGCAAGUGAUGCGCCUGAAAAAGAUAUAUUGUGAAUAAUUCUAAAUUGUUUAUAAAAGAACUAAAAUUUGACAGGCAUGGCAGUCUAAAGAAGUUAAAAAUUGGGUGGCGUUGUGAUGGCAAAAACUUGGCGAACGGUUUUAAACUACUUACAAUAAUGGAUCAACAGUUUUGUCUUCGAUGGAACAAUCAUCCAACAAAUUUAACUGAUGUGCUUAUAAGUUUAUUAAAAAGGGAAGCAUUAUGUGAUGUGACUUUAGCAUGUGAUGGAGAAACUUUCAAAGCUCAUCAGACAAUUUUAUCUGCAUGUAGUCCAUAUUUUGAAAAAAUAUUCCUUCAAAAUGCACAUCCCCACCCUAUAGUGUUUUUAAAGGAUGUCAAUUACAACGAAAUGAGGGCACUCCUCGAUUUUAUGUAUAAAGGUGAAGUCAAUGUUUCCCAAAACUUACUGCCAAUGUUCCUAAAGACAGCCGAAGCCUUACAAAUAAGGGGUUUGACUGAUAAUAAUUCUCUUAACAAUAAGGGUGAUGAUAUUGCCACUGAAGUGCCAAAAAGGGAAAAGCUUGCUGGUAGGGAAUCUCCACCAAAUGAAAAGAGGAAACGAAAAUCCUUAAGCAACUGUGAUACAAUAUCUAAUUCAAAUGUUGAACGAUUUACUGAUUCUCAGGCAUCAUUUCAAAACAACUAUAAAGGAAGUCCAACCCUACCAAAGUUAAAUCCAAUUUCACCUGUUGAAAGGGACCUGAAUAUUGAUGAUAGACAGACGACUCCUCCACAUAUCAAACAAGAACCCCCACAAGAUGGUAACUCGCACAUUGACUCGUAUCAUUCAAUGUCAGAAGCAUUACAAACAGGCGGUAGCUUGAGUGUGCAUGCGGACGACACAAACGCAGGAGGCACCAGUUUAUCAGAAUUGAGCGAAGGUGAAUCUCAGAGUACAGUACCAUCGCAAGAAUUAACAGAUACGAUCGAUGCUGCUCCUUGGCAGGAACAGAGACAAGCAGCACAACCUUAUUACCAUCAGCCAGACACUGAAUUUUCGUCGAAGCUGCCCUAUUACUACUUACAGGAACCUCGGGCAGCCCCUCUAGAUUACUGUGAUAUUUUUGAAAAAGUUUCGGAAUCAACUUUACUAUAUCGUUGUAAAAUGUGUAGCAAAAACGUAACAAAUCGAUGGCAUCACGCAGCCAAACAUCGACCCCAGUCGAAUAUGUGCCCAGUUUGUCAACAGACAUUUACUAGAAAAGACAAUAUGAAGGCCCAUAUCCGAUUAAAACAUACCAGUUUCUUCCCAAAUGACCCCGUUUGUUGUGAUAUUCGAUUUGAAAGAGAUACUAUGUAUUUUUAAUUUAUCUUGUGUGUGAGAGACUGAUAAAUGUUUAUAAUUUUGUACAUACAAAUGUGCAAUGUCCAAUAAACUAAUGAUAUUGCUGAUUCAAGAUUUUUCUUGAACUCUCUGAUUGAUCUAUUUUGAACGCUUCACAUAUACUGUCCAAGUUUCUAGUCUAAACUUUUGGGUUUUGUCAUUGUUUUUGAUCAGCAUCUUCAAUAGUGACUAAAAGCAAAUGUUAUGGCAAAAUUGAAACGCCUGGAAAAUAAUCUUCAAUUAAUUUUUUACUAAGUAAUUCAGUGCAUACCGAAUCGGUAUAUAGUGAAAUUUAAUUAAUCAACUAACAACAUAAUUGUUUAAAAACUGUAGAUAUAUUAAAAAUAAACUUUUUGGUGUAGGUCUAUUGAAACAGAAAUAAGAAUAACAAAUUUCCAUGCAUGUAACUUGCUUCCCCUUGUGAUCUUAUUGCUUAAUCAUAUAUACUUUUGACAUUUAGUACCAAUAUUUUUAGAAAAUUAAAAACAAUUGUGUAGCUAAACGCUUUAAUUAAUUAAAUUAAAAAAUUACUUGAAAGACAGUAAAGAAAAUUUAUAUUUAAGUAUUGGCGUUGUCAGUUAGUUAGCCGUAAUUAUGAAAUAACUGUUGCUUGAUAUAAAUGUGAUAUAAGAAGUGAUAUAUACAUAUGUAUAAAGAGGUGUGGUGAUAGAUAAUUAAAUAAGGCUCAUGAUAUUUCAUCAACAUAGGGUUGUCAGUCCAAACAUUGGUUGGACACAUCCCCCUACUCCUUCCUAGUUUGAGUCAAUCUUGGUAUUUCCCCAAAACUUGAACAUUUAAUUCUAACCAUUUGCAGACAGUAAUCUAAUCUAGGUUUUCUUCUACCCCUUGCUACUUUUGCUUCUAUCUAUCUAGCCCUCUAUGUUUCAGAUGGUGAUCCACCAUUCUAGUCCUCCUUUUCUUUACUAACAACCUCUCCUACUUUUUCAGUAUUUUGUUCAUCCUCCUAUAGUACCAAUACCCUCCUAUAACUCUAAAAAUUUAACACCCUUUAAUUGGAAGAAAGGAAUAGCUAGGAAUUUGAAUGUUAUUUUUUUUUUGGUAUUUGGCAAUAUAAAGUGUAUAGAUAUGCGUAUAUAGUGUACAUAUUAUUCUUAUAUGAGUAACAACAAUUCUUUUAUUUAACUUGCAUUUUUUACUUGACCUUUACUUAUUUUUAUUUUCUCUCCUAUUUUGCUGUGGUACUAAAUGUCAUAACCUUGCUCUGGGGUGCACUGUCACUAUUCUGCUGUCACUUACUUAUUACUUACCUUAUUAGUAACUUGUAACGUAUGUAUAUUGCAUUACGUUAAAGUUAAUUUUUGGU